AUGUUUACGUGGAUCUGGAUAUUUGAAAUUGUUUUCCACGGUGUAGUGGCGCAAGUCUUGGAGACGCCGGGAGCCAGGUGGGCCAAGAACGUUACGUCUUGCGAGGAAUUCGAGCGGGAUGCUCAUUUCGAGCCGACAGAAGUAAUCGAUGCCAUGUGGAAAAUAUUUUACUCGUGGGCUGAAACCACCGAGUUGUCACUCAUAGUAUUCUCGUUAUUGACGAUGAAGCGAAUAAAAAGAAUAAAGGCUGUUGUGGACUCGAUAGACCCGGGCUUGGGGGUUCAGUGGUUGGACGUCGAGUUUCUAAUGGAGCCGCGGGAAGGUUUACAGAUUGUGUUUCUCCGCCAGGGGACCCCGGGUGCAUACCGUGCCCUCAUCAUCGCGGAACAACGCGAUAAAGUUCGCCCGCUCCCGCCCCCAGUACUCCACAUGGCGGAUGUCCGCAUGAAGCUAGUGGGGCGCGUGAUGGGCAUGAUGUCCUGCGAGGAGCUGACGGCGUACGCGCUGGCGCGCCAGCACGAGCUGCCGGUCACGGAGGCCGACUGCGCAGUGCGCGCCAACACGCUCGGCUACCGCGGGCCCGCCGGCCGCUCCUACCUUACUGUACAACGGAUGAUUAAACAUGAACUUUAGAACUUUCUUUUCAAUAGUGUGUAACUAUGUAUGAUCAAAAUCAUACUGAGAGCAUUAAUUGCAAACUCUGCCCAAGCCUUUUGAGAUAAGAGUAUAAUAAAUGUUUGCAAUAGAUAAGAGUAUAACAAAACAAUGUCCAAGUCUCCAAAACCAAGUCGUGUUCGCGUGUGCCUACCUUUUACGGAACAAUUAGUACACACAUUUAUUAUGCUCUACUCCCUGUGCAAGGCCGCCGGCCGGAACGGAUCACUAGUAAUUGAUAUUUCUAUAAACCUCAGAUAUCCUCAGCAGUGCUACAUAUAUUCCCAUUUCCUUCCCGGGCACCCUUAGUGGCUUUAUGAUGUUUUUAGUGAAUAAUGUGCGAGUUGGGAUAUCUCCGAACCCCGAGCUGCCAAUAAAUCAAUGAUCAACAAGGCAUGCUACUCUCUCUGUGAGGAUUUCUAUAUUUAAUUCCCAGAGCGCGGGUAAAUGUUUAAACAGCUUAAAUGUUUUAACAGAUGAUUGUGCUCAUGAAUCGCAGCGUCUCUGUGAAUCACAAAAUAGUUCUCGCUCGGAGCAUUAAAUAGGCAAAAUUACUUAUCCACCCUCCUGAAUAUAUUACCUGCCAGUUCAAUUAUUUGCAGGUUCCAACCAAAGUUAGGCAAUAUUUAAAUGUGUAGUGCUUUUAUUAAAGUAGUAGGUACUUGUGGCACAAUUAAACAUGUAUAAUAUUUGUGGAACUACUGGAAGCAGCAUUUUUUGCGUUGUAGUUUCCUCGCUAUAGUGAGGGGAAAAGUUUUGUGUUACACUCGGGUGCAUAUGUAUUUUACUUCUUGUGUGUUAAAAAACUCGCAAGUUCAGGAUUCUAUUCUCGAGCACAUUGGAGCCGGCAAAGUACAAAGUACAUCGCGACUAUCGCAAGCCACAUAGUACUGGGUAAGUACCGACUAAAACGGAGCAAAUAGUACUACUUAAUUAAAAUCUUUUAUUAUUUGAUUAGUGUUAGACUUCUUUAUGUAUGUACAUCAUGUAAAUUGUAAGCAUAUCUUUACCUACUUAUGUUCAUAAAUUUUUGUAACGAAUAAUUAUUCACUUUUU